AUGCAAGGUGUAAUUGGGAGGGAUAUGAUGGAGGGUGCAUGGAUUAAGGUUUUGGUAGGAUUAUUUGAGGAGAUGAGGGGAAAGAGGGAUGUUAUGAGGGGGUAUGUGGGGAAGAGGGUUAACGUUGGAGGUGUACGUGGUGAAGAGCUCAAAGGGAGGAUUUUGAUGACGAUUAAGGAGGUAGAAGGGGAGAUGAAGGAGAUUUUGAGGAUUGCGGUUGAGCAGGUAUGUUUAACUUUUUUUAUAUAUAUUUUUCGCUUGCUUGGUUUGAUUAUUUAUGUAAGAGCAGAACUUUGAAUUGAGAUUCCCUCGCACUAACAUUCUCCACACCCCAGAGAUUCGCCAAAGAAGUCGAAGAAUACUGGAUCCGAAAAUGGGAAAUCCAUAAAGAUAGAUACCCAAAUUUAGACAUCAAGGUAAUUAAAUCAGUCCCUAAUCUUAUCCCCCCCACCCUACUUUCCUUUCCUUUCGUUUUAUUAGCAUCUUUCUUACCAUUCAUAUACAUACAUACAUACAUACAUACAUACAUACUGAAAUACUAAUUUCCAACCUCAAAUUCACUUACAUUUAUAAUUACCAACUAUAAUUUAUAAUUAAGGAAGGGUUAGCUAACGAACCCCUUAUUAAUGAUAUAUAGUGCACAACCGACUGGUCGGUCGAAGCGCCCUUUCAGAAAUCUCUUUUGAAACCGGGUGAUGUUAAUGAGGAUGAUUAUGAGGAGGAUGAGGAUGAAACCGAAGAAGAGAUCAUCGAAGAUGAUGGUGAAGAUGAUUGAUGAAAGAAAAGUCAUGGUGAACAUUAA